AUGACGGGCAAAUCAAUCAGCACGGGGACGCUCAAUCUCCGGUUUAUGCAGAAUGCGCGGCGUAACGAGGAGCUUGCACAGGCCGAAGCAGCAUCAAAAGUUCAGAUCCAGGACGAGUCGUUCUGGGAGGUGUCGAGUGCAGUACGGGAAGCAUGGGGCAUUGCUGCUGGCGCACAAAAGGAUUCUCAUCUGGCCGUGGUGCACGAAGCAUCUUACAUCCCAUUCCUCUUCCCAUCUGCAUCCACGUCUGCGGACACAACUGAUCAGCCAAAGCUGAGAGGACGUAGAACAUGGAAUAAACAUGGAAAGGAAGUGACCGAAGCCGACACCCAGCCAAAACCAGAAGAUUCCUCCGCGAGUGCCACCGAAGAUGCAUCCUCCACUUCAUCUCGCUCCAAACCCUUGAGACAUCUAACGUCGAUCUCGGGCAUGGGGCCGCCUGCUCGCAGCACCAAAGAAGGGCGCGAAUCCAAAAAGCCUACAUCGCGCCCGGCGCAGACAGCACGGGAUGUCAUCCGCGAGAGCGGUCGCGUCGGGACUGACCUACGCAGCUCACGAACAGAACCCACAUCUACGCAUUCUCUGAGUCCCAUACCCUCCGACACUAGAAUGUUUAUGAAACCUGCUGGCGUCGACGAGCCGAGUCUAAACAAGGGCAGGCGUCCACCGAAGACUGAGGAAGAUGGUGGCAUUGUAUAUGGUGCCCGAAGUAAGGAAAAAAUUCCAGCUUUGAAGCGGGCGAGGACCGAGCGCGCAGAGGUGAAUAUGUUUUCAGGUGAUGUGAGAGAUGAAGAGGGCAAGUCUCGGAAAAAGAAGAAAAAGAAGGCGGAAUAA